AUUCGCCGAACAGGUGCCUAGUACUUCGUGGUUUUAUUUUUGAUUUAUCAUAGAAUCGCUUUUGGGACAGGACACAUCAAGUGCCAGUGUCCUGUCUUACAUGAUACUUUGAAAGAAAAUAGUUUUGUAGACCUCACAUGCCCAUCAUUGACGAAAAAAUGUGUAUCAAAACAGUGAAGAAACCAAAAGAAUACGUUACAGCUUACGAUGUGCAAGGAAUGAGGAAACUUAUGGUGCCCGAUAGAAAUCCAAUUGAUAUACCUGGAAUUUUACCGAAAUCAGAAUUCGAAAGACUGAAAAAUCAAGCACAUAUUGUGACUUUGAAAGACAGAAUGAUGAUGUUGGAUGAAGCAGAACAAAAGAAAAACGCGCUGCAAAGAGAAAGUGAAAAAAGAAAAGAAUUUUUGCAAAAAGUUCAAAAGAGGCAGAAUGCUAAACCGGGAACCACUUUAAGCGACGUUGAACGCGAAGCAAAAUCACGAAAUAUGUAUCUUUUGAAAAGGUCCUUUGAUUUGAUGCAAGAACAAGACAACAGAGUAAAAAGAGCUAACGGUGUGAUCCUUGCAACUAAAUGUCGAGCAAUUAGAAACGCACAAAUAGCUGAAAAAGAACUGAUAGAAAAACAACUGCAAGAAGAAAACCGACGCUUGGAUAUGAUGAUGGAACAGCAACGUCAGAAAGCAAUGGAAGAAGAAGAAAAGCGCAAACAGGAAGAAGAAAGAAAAAAACAAAAUUAUGUGACAGCGUUGUCUGACCAAAUGCGAAUGAACGAAAUCGAGCGUAUGAUAGAAGCCGAACAAAAAGAGGAAGAAAGCAGAAUGAUCAAUAAAGCAUUUCUUGCAAUCCAACAAGAAGAAGAACAGAAACUGAAAGAGAAGAAAGAAUUGCAACAAAAAAUACGAAAUGAUUUGAAGAAAGCAAACGAUGAUUUAGAACGCUACAAACUAAUCCAAAAAGAGGAACAAAGAAUAGCUGAUUUAAGAAUACAAAAGUUCAUGCAAGAGAAACUCGAACGAGAGUUGGCACGGGAUCAAGAAUUAGCACUAGCUAAAGCCGCCAAAGAACAAGAAAUUAUAAGGAUGAGAAGCCAGCAGCAAAGAUCACAAGACAUCAAGGCAGCGAUGGACGAAAUGAACGCUUUAAGAAUACAAGAAGAGGUUGAACGAAAAUGGAGAGAAAAGGAAAUUGCUGCUGCCAAAGCCAAGAAGGAACAACAGGAGUUGCUGAAAAUUGAAAGAGAGAAACAGAUUGAAGAUUUAAGGAGAGCAGCAGCCAUUACUUUAGCAAGAGACGAAGAAGAUUUUCAUAGAGUAGCGAAAGUGCAACGAGAACAGUGGGAAAAAGAAAUGGAAUUGAACAAGGGGAAGAAGGAGAAAGCGGGACAACACCGUGCGGAAUUACUUAAGCAAAUUAAUGAAAAAGAAAAAGAAAGAAUUAUGAUCCAAAAGGAGAAGUUUGAGGAAGCUAAUCUUCAACAGAUUGAACAGAAGAGGAAGGAUAUGCAUGUUAAGGAGCAUUUGAGACAAAAGAUUGAGGAUUUGAGGUACAUGUUUGUGGGUGAUUGUAGAGUGUGUUUAUUUAUUAUUAUUGUGCACUUAUUUGCGUUUUUUCUUAUUUGCAGGAAUAAACAAUUACCGGAAAGGUACAUUAAGGAUAUUGAACACCAUAUUGAAGGCAUAAUCAAUACAGAAUGAAAUGUGUAUUGUAUUUGGCAUAACAAAUAAUAAAGUAUCAGUCAACAUCA